GAAUGUAUGUAAUGAACCUUGGUAGAGGAUGUGUGUUGGUGGGGAUGUUGAUGGUACUGCACGCGGGACUCGGCUCUGCGCACCACCGCGCUAACCUCAGACUCUCCGAGCAGCCCUAUGAUGGUUUACCAGUCGAUAUCACCACUCAAUGCGUUAUUGGAUUUGUUAUAGCCUGCUUUGGUAUUUCCAAGGUAGCGGGAGAGUUUAAAGACAUCAGCGCAACUAACGACUUGAACAGGAAGACUCUUGAUAGUAUUACUAACGUACCCUCAUUUUACCACUUUGCCCACCGUGGCAGAUCUAUACACUCCAUCAUUUAUAGCUGAUCUCUCAACAAAACGGUCGCUUGGGAGUUCAUACCUUAAUCUGAUUUUUGUGUGUUUUUAUUUGGGUAAAACUGGUUUGAUAUUAUAUCAACUUAUGAGUAUGUAUCGUGAUAAACUGAACAUUUCUAAUUGGAUGAUUUCAGAUUUGUCGCGAUUAUUAACUGUAUUGUUAUAAGAUUUUGAGUUUUUUGUCCGAACUCCUGAGCCCAAUAGUGAUUGUUUGACCCUGUUGAACAGAAAUAUUUUUAUUUUUACUUGAACUAGUUUUACUUCUAGAUAGUCUAUAUUUACAAUUUCUAUUCCUCUUUAGUCAGCUGAUUUUCUGAUUUAUAGUGAGUUGUAUCAUGAUUAAUAUUACUUAAGUUUAUCAACUGAAAUUCGGAACUUCGUAUCACUAUGAAUUAGAAUUAGGAAUUAAAUCUUAAAAUUUGGGUCUAAUGCUUUCGUCCAGUUUCAAGAAACCUGUAAUUUAUUUGAAUACCGAUUUGUAUUUAUUCCUCCUUGACUAAAUAGCUAUUAAUAAUUCAAAUAAUUGUCAUUUUGACA